UUGCCAAUUUGUCAUUGUAUAUUUAAGCCACCAGACCCUCCUCCGUCUAUAAAUAAAGCCCCGGAGUCUGUGUGUCAGUGUGGCAAAGAUUCCAGCUUUCGGGUACCAAGACACUGUGAACACGCAAAGCUCAGCCUCAGGACUCAGAUAUUCGCUUAAUAAGUAAGCACUAGACUUGUAAAAAUGGACACUUUCCUAUUUACUUCUGAGUCUGUGAAUGAGGGACACCCUGAUAAGCUCUGUGAUCAGAUUUCUGAUGCAGUGCUUGAUGCCUGCCUUGAGCAAGAUCCUGACAGCAAAGUUGCCUGUGAGACUUGCACCAAGACCAACAUGGUCAUGGUCUUUGGAGAGAUUACAACCAAAGCCAAAGUGGACUAUGAGAAAAUUGUACGUGACACCUGCCGUACGAUUGGAUUUGUUUCAGAUCAUGUUGGCCUUGAUGCUGACAACUGCAAGGUCUUGGUUAACAUUGAGCAACAGAGCCCUGAUAUCGCUCAGGGUGUCCAUGGCCACCUCACCAAGAGGCCCGAGGAAAUUGGUGCUGGAGACCAGGGUCACAUGUUUGGUUAUGCCACUGAUGAGACCACCGAGCUUAUGCCUCUAAGCCAUGUCCUUGCUACCAAGCUUGGUGCCCGUCUCACCGAAGUUCGCAAGAAUGGGACCUUGCCAUGGUUGAGACCUGAUGGCAAAACACAAGUCACUGUUGAAUACUACAAUGACCAUGGAGCUAUGGUUCCGAUCCGUGUCCACACUGUUCUCAUUUCUACUCAGCAUGAUGAAACUGUUACUAAUGACGAAAUUGCUACUGACCUCAAAGAACAUGUCAUUAAGCCUGUUGUUCCUGAGAAGUACUUAGAUGAGAAGACUAUUUUCCAUCUUAACCCAUCAGGUCGGUUUGUCAUCGGUGGGCCUCACGGUGAUGCAGGUCUCACUGGCCGCAAAAUCAUCAUUGACACCUAUGGUGGUUGGGGAGCCCAUGGUGGUGGUGCCUUCUCUGGCAAGGACCCUACCAAGGUAGACAGGAGUGGUGCCUACAUUGUUAGGCAGGCUGCUAAGAGCAUUGUUGCCAGUGGUCUUGCUCGCAGGUGCAUAGUGCAGGUCUCAUAUGCCAUCGGUGUUCCUGAGCCACUAUCAGUGUUUGUUGACAGUUAUGGCACCGGAAAGAUUCCGGACAAGGAGAUUCUGAAAAUAGUAAAGGAGAGCUUUGAUUUCAGGCCUGGAAUGAUUGCCAUAAAUUUGGAUCUCAAGAGGGGCAGGUAUUUGAAAACAGCUGCUUAUGGACACUUUGGUAGAGAUGAUCCUGACUUUUCAUGGGAAGUGGUGAAGCCCUUGAAGUGGGAAAAGCCUCAAGAGUAAAAUAUGUGCUUCUCUCUCUGCUUGCAGUUGGUCAAUAAUCUGCUUUCGAAGUCAGAAGUCUCGCGUUCGCUUGCUUGUCAUUGUGUUUCCCUUUUUUUUUAAUUUUCAAAUAUUUCCAUUUGGCAUGUUUGGAUCACAUUAAAGAAGAUGUAUUGAAUUUUGAGUCUAGUGGAUGAAAAAAUGUAAAAAA